AUGGACAGCCGGCUCUCUUGCCCCUCCCACCCUGCUCGCCCCGCCCACUUCGCUCCCCCCUCCGGUCUGGAAGCCCCCUUGCGGGCGCCCCGCCCUGCCCCCACCGCGGCGCUGCCAGCCGGUUGGGACCCAAUGGGAGGUCCGGGCGGGCGACGAGCUAAUCUUCCAGUACAGAGUCCGCUCUUUCAGAGGUGUCGGCGAGUCNCCAGCGGCCGCAGUAGCGGGGCGCGGGGUGGAGAGGGGGCUGCGCAGAAGCGGGCGUCCUGGGACUGUGGUCCUCGCUGCACCCUGUCUGCAGCGCACCGCGGACCUCGCUGUCCCGAGUCCGCAGCGCCGAGGCUGGGAGAUCUGAGCCCUGUGUUCCCCAGGAACCACGGAUGCGCGUUGGGGACACGUACCCCUGAGAACCCGGGAGGAAAGCCCUCUAGAUCAAGGGUGCCACUAACCCUCUGGUGUACAACCAUUUCGAGCCCAGCACUUUCCCCGAUCUUAUCUAAACUUGCUUUGCCCGGCCGGCCCUGGGAGCAAUCAAUGAAGCAGAGCUUCGCCUUCGACAAUGUUGGCUACGAAGGGGGUCUGGACAGCACCAGCUCGUCCCCGGCAGCCACUGAUGUGGUUAACAUCCUGGGCAUGACUUGUCAUUCUUGNGUCAAGUCCAUUGAGGACAGGAUCUCCAGUCUGAAAGGCAUUGUGAACAUUAAGGUGUCUCUGGAACAAGGCAGCGCCACUGUCAAAUAUGUACCGUCUGUCAUGAACCUGCAGCAGAUUUGCCUUCAGAUUGAGGAUAUGGGCUUUGAGGCCAGCGCUGCAGAAGGAAAGGCCGCCUCCUGGCCUUCCAGGUCCUCCCCAGCCCAGGAGGCGGUGGUCAAGCUCCGGGUAGAGGGCAUGACCUGUCAGUCCUGUGUCAGCUCCAUCGAGGGCAAGAUCCGGAAACUGCAAGGGGUUGUGAGAAUCAAAGUCUCCCUAAGCAACCAAGAGGCAGUCAUUACAUAUCAGCCUUACCUCAUUCAACCCGAAGACCUCAGGGACCACAUCUGUGACAUGGGAUUUGAAGCUGCCAUCAAGAACAGAACAGCUCCCUUAAGGCUGGGACCAAUUGAUAUCAACAAGUUAGAAAGCACUAACCUAAAGAAAGAGACGGUCUCUCCUAUCCAGAUUUCCAAUCAUUUUGAGACCCUGGGGCACCAGGGGAGCUACCUGGCCACCCUCCCACUAAGAAUAGAUGGCAUGCACUGUAAAUCAUGUGUUUUGAAUAUUGAAGGAAAUAUAGGCCAACUCCCGGGGGUUCAAAAUAUUCACGUGUCUUUGGAGAACAAAACCGCCCAAGUACAGUAUGACCCUUCUUGUGUCACCCCCUUGUUCCUACAGACAGCCAUCGAGGCACUACCACCUGGGCACUUUAAAGUGUCUCUUCCCGAUGGAGUAGAGGAGAAUAAGCCCCAAAGUGGCUCCUCCCAGAGACACCAGGAGCAGGGCCCGGGCAGGACUGCGGUGCUNACCAUCAGCGGCAUUACCUGNGCCUCAUCUGCUCAGCCCAUUGAAGACAUGCUGUCCCAGAGGAAAGGUGUGCAGCAAACAUCCAUCUCUUUGGCAGAAGGGACUGGAGCAGUUCUUUACGACCCCUCCAUAGUCAGCUUGGACGAACUCCGAACGGCUGUAGAAGACAUGGGAUUUGAGGUGUCUGUGAAUUCUGAAACCUUCACUAUUAACCCUGUCAGAAACUUCAAAUCUGGGAAUUCUGUGCCACACACCAUGGGUGAUAUAGCAGGGUCUGUGCAAAAAAUGGCUUCCGACACUAGAGGGCUCCCCACACACCAAGGUCCUGGCCACUCUUCAGAGACCCCACCAUCCCNGGGAGCAACAGCAUCACAGAAGUGCUUCGUACAGAUCAAAGGCAUGACCUGUGCGUCCUGUGUGUCUAACAUAGAAAGGAGUCUCCAGAGACAUGCUGGUAUUCUCUCCGUGUUGGUCGCCUUGAUGUCGGGAAAGGCCGAGGUCAAGUAUGAUCCAGAGAUCAUCCAGUCGCCCAGGAUAGCUCAGCUCAUCCAGGACCUGGGCUUCGAAGCAUCNGUCAUGGAGGACAACACGGUCUCUGAAGGUGACAUCGAACUGAUUAUCACGGGGAUGACCUGUGCUUCCUGUGUCCACAACAUAGAGUCCAAGCUCACAAGGACAAAUGGCAUCACUUACGCCUCUGUGGCCCUUGCCACCAGCAAAGCCCAUGUGAAGUUCGAUCCUGAAAUCGUCGGACCCCGNGACAUCAUCAAGAUCAUUGAGGAAAUUGGCUUUCAUGCUUCCCUGGCCCAGAGAAACCCCAACGCUCAUCACUUGGACCACAAGAUGGAAAUAAAACAGAGUGUUUCACCAGAGGCUGAGGCAGAGUGUGUGCCCUCAGUAUCAAAUAAUGCAGAACAGAGUGGUAUCAACUAUGUCCAAGAACCUAGAAUACUCAUCGUCCUGAGGCUGGCUCCUCCCCCUUCCUCCGCCAACCCUGCCCUCCCUGCCUUUCAGUUUCUGGGUGGGUGGUACUUCUACGUACAAGCCUACAAAUCGCUGAGACACAGGUCCGCCAACAUGGACGUACUCAUNGUGCUCGCCACAACCAUUGCCUAUGCCUACUCCCUGGUCAUCCUGGUGGUCGCUGUAGCUGAGAAGGCAGAGAAGAGCCCCGUGACCUUCUUUGACACGCCCCCCAUGCUCUUCGUGUUCAUCGCCCUGGGACGGUGGCUGGAACACGUGGCCAAGGUAGCUACAACUUCAACUGUUCUCNCGGUAAUCCGACUCUCAGCCCAAAGGCAGUGUGUGCUGAGAACUACUAAUUACACAGAACAAACUCUGAACUUCGGGCAGAGCUCGAAUGGUCUCUUAGCGCCUAAUGGAUUUUCAGAGGAGCAGGUGCCCAUGGAGCUGGUACAGCGAGGCGACGUCAUCAAGGUUGUCCCUGGGGGAAAGUUCCCAGUGGANGGGAAAGUACUUGAAGGCAAUACCAUGGCUGAUGAGUCCCUCAUCACAGGAGAGGCCAUGCCUGUCACUAAGAAACCCGGGAGCAUAGUGAUUGCUGGCUCUAUUAAUGCUCAUGGCUCUGUGCUCCUUAAAGCUACCCAUGUGGGUAAUGACACAACUUUGGCUCAGAUUGUAAAGUUGGUGGAAGAGGCCCAGAUGUCAAAGGCUCCCAUUCAGCAGCUGGCUGACCGGUUCAGUGGCUAUUUCGUCCCAUUCAUCAUCAUCAUUUCAACCUUGACCCUGGUGGUGUGGAUCAUCAUNGGCUUUGUCGAUUUCGGUGUGGUUCAGAAGUACUUUCCUAGCCCUAGCAAGCACAUCUCGCAGACGGAGGUGAUCAUCCGCUUUGCCUUCCAGACGUCCAUCACUGUGCUGUGCAUCGCCUGCCCCUGCUCCCUGGGGCUGGCCACACCCACAGCAGUCAUGGUGGGCACUGGGGUGGCUGCCCAGAACGGUGUCCUAAUCAAAGGAGGGAAGCCUCUGGAGAUGGCACACAAGGAACUUGGGACGGAGACCCUGGGAUACAGCACGGACUUCCAGGCAGUGCCCGGCUGUGGAAUUAGCUGCAAAGUUAGCAAUGUGGAGGGCAUCCUGGCUCGCAGUGAUCUGACCACUCACCCUGUUGGGGUUGGCAACCCUCCCACAGGGGAAGCUGCAGGUCCCCAGACCUUCUCUGUGCUGAUUGGAAACCGGGAAUGGAUGCGGCGCAAUGGUUUAACCAUCUCCAGUGACAUCAGUGACGCCAUGACAGAUCAUGAGAUGAAAGGACAGACGGCCAUCCUGGUGGCCAUAGAUGGUAAUCCCUGUGUUGGCAUCAACAAAGUCUUUGCGGAGGUACUGCCUUCUCACAAGGUGGCCAAGGUCCAGGAGCUUCAGAAUGAAGGGAAGAAAGUUGCCAUGGUGGGAGAUGGGGUGAAUGACUCCCCAGCUCUGGCCCAGGCUGACGUGGGCAUCGCCAUCGGGACUGGCACAGAUGUUGCCAUCGAAGCAGCAGACGUGGUCCUGAUCAGAAAUGACUUAUUGGACGUCGUGGCCAGCAUUCAUCUCUCCAAGAGGACCGUCCGGAGGAUCCGGGUCAAUCUGGUGCUGGCAUUGAUUUAUAACAUGGUUGGGAUACCUAUUGCUGCAGGUGUCUUCAUGCCCAUUGGCAUCGUGCUGCAGCCGUGGAUGGGCUCAGCAGCCAUGGCUGCCUCCUCUGUGUCUGUGGUGCUCUCGUCUCUUCAGCUCAAGUGCUAUAGAAAGCCUGACCUAGAGAGAUAUGAGGCCCAGGCCCANGGCCGCAUGAAGCCCCUGAGUGCCUCCCAAGUCAGCGUGCACAUUGGCAUGGAUGACCGGCGUCGGGAUUCUCCCAGGGCCACCGCAUGGGACCAGGUCAGCUAUGUGAGCCAAGUGUCUCUGUCCUCCCUGACGUCAGACAGAUUGUCUCGGCAUGGCGGGGCAGCAGAGGACGGUGGCGACAAAUGGUCCCUGCUCCUGAGUGACAGGGAUGAAGAGCAGUGCAUCUGAGUGUUCCCCUGGGCAGGCCAUGGCACUCCUUCUGGGUGAGCCUGCUCCUGCUCAUGGUGGUCGAGCCAGGAGGUGCAGCCUUAACAAGCCACAGUGGGAUGGACGAAGCUCAUGGUGAGACCUGAGCAUCCUGCUAGCCUUGCCUUCUUACAGUGUGUGGUGUAUCUGCAGAGGCUGGGCAGGAUUGCUCUUCCAGAAGCUGCUAGGUUGGGGAAAGUACACCAUUCUCCCUGCUUUUCAUGAGGGAGAGAUCACACCCUGCUUGGGAAGAAACCACCACUCUUCACUGAGCCCUGCCUACUAUAUUUGUAUAUACUAUCUAGGCAGUGAGGACCAGGCUCAUCAGGACCACAAGCCUAGCUCAGCGCCCCUGGAGAGCUCCAACCAAAUCUCUCCUAUACUAAGAGCUCCCAUAACGCCUGGAGUUAGGCAGCACACAUGGGCCGUGUAAGCCUAAGGCUCCUUCAGAUGAGUCUGUUCUCUGCCUGGUGUAGUUGGCAUCCUUAGUACUGGAACUGCCUGCCCUCUAUCUUCUGAGGGUAGAAUUUGUGCCUUGGGUCUGAUGCUCUGGCUCCUGCAUUUCUGCCCGCCUAAAGGUGGCGCCCUGGUUUGCAGCCCAAUCCAAAAGCUACCCGGCAUCCCUAUUUACUCUGAGGAGAGAAUGNCAUCCUGCUUAGAGCCACACCUACAGACUCACAUGUGCCGCUCUCAACCNGCUGGAGAGAUACCUCAGAGCCUGACCAUAGUUCAUUUUCCUACGGGGUCCAGGUCCUUGCCUCUCAGGGCACCCUAUACAGCCAUGCCAUAACCUGUAGUGUAUAAAGCACUGUUCCCUGGGAGGUGUAUGCAUAAGGG